CAGCCGCACACACUGAUAAUUUUAAGAUUCUUAAACAUGUCGCCGAUAAGGCAGGUGCUCACCUAGACCUGACUGGGAAACGAUCGUAUGCCAUGUACGAGCACUGGCAUCCAACACAUCUCCUCCAGCAAAUUAUCCCGAGUUACCACCAUAUGCGGCUGAUAAACGGUUACGUCGAAUGCAAGGAUGAAAAUAAUUGCGACUUUAUUGCGUAUGCAUUUGAUAUACAUAGUAACCCCAACACAUGUUCCUCUUCUAGCAUCCCUACUACAUCUCAGCCUUCGAAACUAAGAGCUUGGAUUCGCAAUAAUCACGAUAAAUGUUACUCAACCAUCCCUAAAAUCCCUAAAACCAUUCAGACUUCGAAACGCAGACCUUGGAUUCACGAUCAAUAUUUCGACAAGAAAACCAGAAACUACGUAAAGUUAGACAAGCCAAACAAGUACAGCUGGGCUGGCCCGACUAAAAAACUAAGCUUCGAGGAAAUAUACGAUAUUGGAGAGGAAUGGUGUAAAAAACAUUCCAAGUUUUAUCUUGUCUAUAACAACUGCCACGAUUUUGCCUACGAUCUAUACCAAAAAAUAAAGCAAUAA